AUGAAUAAAUUAAUGAAUUAUUCUUCUCUUUUGUAUCUAACUCUGGAUGGCCAUGUGGAGUUGGAGAAAUACAGAUAUGUUUAUUUUGUAGUGGUUCUCACAGUUUACUUGUUGAUCAUUAGCUGUAAUGGUCUUGUCAUCUAUGUCAUAUUCACAAACAAACAUCUUCAUGAGCCCAUGUACAUUUUCAUCGCUGCUUUGCUUUGUAAUGCUCUCUUUGGAACAACUGCACUUUAUCCAAAACUGCUCACUGAUUUAUUUUCUGAAAUUCAGGUUGUUUCUUUUGAAUCCUGCAUAUUUCAGUCAUUUUGCAUUUACACAUAUGCUGCAUCAGAGUUCAUGCUGUUAUCAGUGAUGGCCUAUGAUAGAUAUGUGUCCAUCUGUAAUCCAUUACGAUACGCAACGAUUGUAAAAAUGUCCACUGUUAAAAAGCUCUUAUUUUUAUGUUGGUGUGUUCCUUCCUGUGAAAUGGGCAUUGUUGCAAUAUUAACAUAUCAAAGUAAGCUGUGUAAAUUCAAAUUAAAUAGAAUAUACUGUAAUAACAGUUCAAUGAUUAAAUUGGCCUGUGGAGACGUUUCUAUACGUAAUUCAUAUGGACUGUUUAUUUUAAGCAUUGUUGUGUUUCCUCCAUUGACUUUUGUAUUUUUUUCAUAUAUCAGAAUAAUUUCAAUCUGCUUAAAAAAUUCAAAAGAUUUUAGAAGAAAAGCUCUACAAACCUGUUUCCCACAUCUUUUAAUUUUCACCAGUUUCUCCAUCACUUCAUGUUUUGAAAUUAUAAAUACUAGAUUAGAAGGAAAUGUACCUCACAUUUUUAGUAUGAUCAUGUCAGUGGAAAAUCUGGUCAUUCCUCCUCUAUUAAAUCCAGUUAUAUAUGGACUGAAACUGAAGGAGAUUUUGAAUAGGAUUCAGAAAAUGGGUUGGAAAAAUAAGAUAUGUAUAUGCCAUGUUAUUGAACACAAACCUGUGUUUAUUCAUUAG